AUGUCAGAGUGCAGGGGUGUCGGCCGGCAACAGCUGAACAUGAGCGAGCGCUUGCCCGGCUGGCCAGGAAGGUUCUGUGUAGGGGCUGUGGGGACUGUGGUGGGAGCGGGGGGAGCGUUCCGGCUCCCCGGGGAGAGGGCGGCGGCCCUGCGAUUCGCGGUUUUGCCCUUCGGGGAUUCUGAGGAGGGAAGCGAGGUGCUCCUUGGGGCGUACCUCCUCUGUAACGCUCAGGUUACAUCUUUUCAACGAGUGGCUGUCCGCAGCCUCAGCACAUCCUCCCCUCAUGAUCACCCAGAACACGGAAGAUUAGUUUAUAAAGGAAAUUUGGCAAAGGCAGUGUUGGGCGUGAAGUUUUUCUCUUACUCCACCAGCAUAUUCAACCUGUUCAUGAUGCCCUACAUCAUGCUCAAAAGUGGUAUUGGAAUGGAAAGUUUGCUUUUCCAAGCUGCCUUUUAUGGGUUGAUUGGGAUUUUCACAUUUGUAACUCCAAUUACUUUGCAUAUCCUCACAAAAGGUUACGUGAUCCGGCUUUAUUAUAAAGAUGAAGUGGACACCUAUACAGCCAUUACCUACAAUGCCAUCUUGGCAGAAAAAGUGACUGUUUUCCAUCAGAAAGAUGUAAAGAUUCCAGACAUCACCAAGAUGUUUACAACAUUUUACGCUAAAACGAAAUCAAUGCUCGUUAAUCCUACGCUUUUCCCAAACCCUCAGGAUUAUAACCAUCUCAUGGGCUAUGACAAAUCCUCAUUUUUUAGAUUGGAGGAUUUAGAGGAGGUAAAGGAAGCUGAUGAAAGGAAGUAAUUUGAAGAUAUGUCAGUAUCAUUGUCCAUAAUGCAGUACUAUAUAUGUGAAAGAAUGUAAAAAUCUAUUACACUUGCUUAAGUAUCAGGCAGCUGAAGUUUUCUGUAUGCAUUUUGGAAUGUAUAAAAAGAGACUUUUAAAAAUAUAUUACAAACUAUGUGAGGAUUUCUUUAGAGUUAAUAACCUAAAAUACAGUAACAAAGCCAAGUUGCUUAGCCCUGUCUUUUGCGUGUUUAUUCUUAGUUUGAUUUCUGUUGUUAACUCUCCAGGAAAAAAAAUUCUGUAAAAUACGUGAGCUGUCUCACCAUCUCUGUGUCAAAGGAAGCCAUUCAUGAUAGACAAAUCAUCAACACUCAUUACCUAUCAAGUAUGUAGUUAAGAUGUUAAACCUUAAAUAUUUUUUGUAAUCUAAAAAUACCGGGCUUUUUGUCACUGCUGAUGAUGGUAUAAAGGGAAUGAACGUGGCUUUCCCUUCCCUUUGUGACACCAUUGGUAGCCAGCAGGAGUCUCUGGAAAGCAGACAAGUAUUCUUAUGAAUUCCUGCUACAGCCUUCUUCCCAAGGAGAGAAGAACAUGGGGAGAAUGGCUGUGUGUAUAUACAGCAGUAAGUUCUAGCUAUUCAAAGCUACUCUCAGGUUUCUUACACUAAAGUCCCACUCUGAGUAACCCUGUCCCCAAAGGCGGACAAGAGGCCUCUCUUCUCGGGCAUGGGAAAGCACCGUGGCAUAUGAUUUGCUCUGUGAGAGGUGCUGUGUUUGAAUCAACAGCUAGUGGUAAAAAUGCAUUCUGUCAGCAUUUAUGUAAGGUGGGGAAGCAAUUGUGCCUCUAAAGAACACACCUCUUGAUUUUCAGCGCUGCAAAGAAAGCUACCUUUCACUCAACUAAAAAGGGGAUCCAGUCUUUUUGUGGUACUAGACAGGUUCUUCUCCCUUUAGUGUGUAGAGGUAGGAUUCAAAUUUUUUAGCCCAAGGCACAUAAACUGACAGAUACUUGUUUUCAAAGAAUGAAGGGCCUAAAUAUUUUGAGACGUAAAAAUUACCAAAUUGAAAAAACUCAUAAAAUUAAAAUUAAUCCUUUUGCGUUAGCAGUGCCCUUUGUUAUAAGAAAAUCUGAGAGCUUGCUACUAGUCAUCCUGAUCCUGCAAAUAAAAAAUUAUAGCUAGUUUUCAAGCUGUUUCCUAAGUUGUAGCUAAAAAACUGCAUUUAAAAGUCUAAAUGUCUUCCAAUACUAUUCUUUCAACUUUCUUUGGUAGGAUGACAGCACAGAUGAUAUUAAACCAGGGUUUUGAAUAUUGCUUUUCUGACUGCCCUCAAUGUACUUGCUUAAUAAUUAAAAAGCAAAUCAUCCCAUCCCAAUAUUUUUGCGGCAGUUUUCUUGUGUUGGCACAACUAUAAUUUUAAAAGCCUCAUAGAGUCUCAUUAAGCCAGUAUC